AUGGGCCUCUCAACUCCCGUAGCCGCAGUUCUCAUCGUUCUAGUCACCGUCGUACCCAUGCUACUCAUCGCAGGCUUCACCGCCCGCUUCAUCUCACGCAACUUCAGGGACGCAGCCGGUGCCAUCGAACCCAAGCCGGCGAGACGCUGGUUCGGCCUCCGACGCGUCAAAUCGAACGACAGCGCCACCACCAGCCUCGCAACCAACACGCUACACUACGACGACUCGUGGCCGGAUCUCGAAAGUCUCAGGACGUAUCAGGACACCCCGACACCUUCGAUCCAGCGCGGCAUCCACGAGGUUUCAGGCCAAUUAUGUCAACCUCUCAACGGCCUACUCUGCGACGAUAUUUCUAUUGAGAAUGAGUCUGCCUUGCUGAGCGGAGUCAAUAAGCAAUCUUCUACAGGUAUGUAGACGUAAAUGUCGAUGUUGAUCUCCAUGCUAACAUUGACUUAGAUCCUUUCAGGCAUGGGUGUAUUCACAGCAUGGAUAUCCAAAUUGUUUCGCUUGGAACCAGUUGUAUUCUUGAGACAAUUCGGGAUGAUCCUAUUCAGACGUGAGUACUUUCACCUGGUGUUUCUGAUAAUUGUCUGAUUGUGGCACAGAACACUAGGCAAUGGCGAUAAUGCAUUGCUGCUUGCGCAAGUCCUAGUCAAAUCGCCUCGCUCCACUGCCGUGACUACGCAGCAAGGCCAUGUCAAACACAGGUCAGAUGAGCUGAUUGAAGACUUGGAGUAUCAGUUAGGGGAUUCAAACCUCGAGUACAUACGCGUUUCGGUCAAGUACAAUCAUUCAGCAUUCUUUUGCCAAAGUCGAAGUGACUUCAUCGACGACAUAGCA